CCGGUUCCACCCCGCCCCCUGUCUCCGGCCCUGCUCGCGCGGCUGGCCCUCUGAGAGAGCCCCCUCCUGCCCGCUAAACUAAACUUACCCUUCAGGGGAAAAAAACGAAGGACCUGCACUACCCGCGAAUAUCCGAGACACUGCUGGAAACCGAGGAACUUUUAAAAAUCACCCCGAAGUGACUGGGCCGCGGCGGGGUGAAGCAAGGGCCGGCCGAAACAGAAAGUAGGAUGUGGGUCUGGUACCUCCUGCUCGGGUCGGGAACGGGCAGCAGCUCGGUCGAGAGCCAGCUUCUCCCUGGGAAUAACUUCACCACUGAAUGUAACAUCCCAGGAAAUUUCAUGUGUGGCGAUGGCUUGUGUAUCCCUGGAAGCUGGCAGUGUGAUGGUUUCCCCGACUGCUUCGACAAGAGCGACGAGAAGGGUUGCCCGAAGGUGAAGUCUAAGUGCGCCCCCACGUUCUUCGGCUGCGCUAAUGGCGUCCACUGCAUCAUCGGCCGCUUCCGCUGCAACGGCUUCCGUGACUGCCCCGACGGCAGCGACGAGGACAACUGCACAGGUAAUCCUCUGGUGUGCUCAGCAGCUCGGUUUCACUGCAGGAACGGCCGAUGUGUGGAUCGAAGUUUCCUCUGUAAUGGCCAAGACAACUGCCAGGACAACAGUGAUGAAGAGAACUGCCUUUCUACAGCAGAAUCUCCAGGUCAGGAUUUUGUGACGUUGGACUACCGGUUGCGUUACUACCCCAGCAUCACCUACGCCGUCAUAGGCAGCGCCAUCAUCUUCGUCCUGGUGGUGGCGCUGUUGGCUCUGGUGCUGCAUCACCAGAGGAAGAGAAGUGUGUUAUUGCCUCGUAGUGGAAGCCACCCGCACCCUCACCAGCCACUGCUGCUCUCCCGGCUGGUAAUAGUGGACAGAGGACAUGUCUCACCUCCAUCCUCCUCUCCAUCAGCACAUUUCAGCUCAGCACACAGCCUCCAGCUGCUCACCAGCUCGCUCUACCCCCAAGGAGCCCCGCUGGAGUCGCCACCCUCAUACUCACAGGCAGUGCUGGACGUCAGUCGACCACCAUGGUUUGACCUCCCACCUCCUCCAUACCUUCCUGAUGGUGAUGCUGCGUGUGAAACAGAGCCACCUGUUUAUGAAGCAUCCACACAAGCUAGUCAGACUCCUGCAGUCAGAUCUGAGCGAGCACAAGUACACAGCAUCAAUCCCACAGUCAGAUGUGACGCAGCACAGCCUCGAACCCUCAGUUCAGCUUCCAGCUCCACAGAGGAGUCUCAGCAGCUAUAGCUGUCCAGUGAGAGGACACAGAGACACUUGUAUAUAGGACACAGAGACAUGUAUGGGACUCACUGUGUGGAAAGAUUAAAGUCGGAAGAGUGCCACAGCGCUUCAUUUGGAGUAUCGCUAAAGGACACUGACAGAAAUUGGUCUUACUACUCAGAGUGGUUUCCUGAGUGGAAAGUGCCAUCUUCUGGUACAAAUGUGACAUUACGGCUCAUAACUUUGCUACGGUGAAAAGACACUGUACAGAGAAAUCUACUUCACACCUCUGAGACUUGAGACUCAGAGACUGGUCUCUAAUACAAGACUGAUUUAGACAUUGCAUUAAAGAUGCAGGCACCAAAUGAAUAGCACUCAAGUACUACAGGACUAAAAACUGUUCUGAGCUGUUCUUUGUCACUAGUUAUUUCUUUCGGUGUUUCCUUUUCAUCCAGAGCUUUAUAAUAUUCUGAUAAAUCACUAUGCAGUGUGAAUUGUUGAACUUGUUUAAACAAAAAAAAAAACAUGAUACAAGUGAUAUGGUGUGUAAAGAAUCAAAGUCCUACCCCAUUCUCAUCAUUAA